CAUUGCCCUUCUCUAGAUACAGUCCAGCACCUCAAUGUCUUUAUUGUUGUGUGGGACCCAAAACCGAAUACAGGAUUCAAGGUCUCACCUCACCAAUGCCCAGCACAGGGGCAUGAUCACUGCCCUUGUGUCAUGGAGGCUCACGAAAUCGAGACAAAUCAUCUGUUCAAAAGAGAUUCUAUUUUAUGAAGUAGUUAACCUCCCCCCACUCCCAGCAAUUACAGAUCCAACAACAACUGAAAACAAGAUUCUUGAUGUCAAAUGAAAUUGUUACGACCUGACUGACUUAAAGAAUCCUGAAGGUUUCAGCAGGGCAAUGUGGAAUGGACAGUCAUUGUGCCCAAGGCAGCAAGGGCUCUCCCUUGGGCUCCUGUGGACUCCCAGGUACCCAAAAGGGAGUUCUGACUGCCCCAGGAUGACACACAGGGGGCUCUGCCUGCCCCACACUGUCACAAAGAGGGUUCUGGCUGCCCCAUGAUGUCACACAGGGGACUCUGCCAGGCUAUAAAAGGGGCCCCACAGGAACAGACAGUGGUUGCUGGGCACAGCAGUCUGGCAGUGUCUUGGCAGACAACAGCCUCAGCCUCUGCCUCCCCACCAGGGUUGGAUUCCCGUCACUGGGACACUGAAGGUCACUGGGGAACAUCUUCACCAGCCUGUGCUGGUGACCUGAACUGCCAGGGACGGUGCCAUGGGGUUCCUCAACAUCUUCACCAUGGGUGAGCUGGUGGCAAUCACGAUGGUGGUGCUGCAGCUCAUCCUGGUCACUGCCAUGCUACGGGACAAGUGUCUGUGGAGGAUCCGUCAGAACUCAGAGCAUCCAAGCACAGCGAGAGGCCGGCUGGAGGGGCAGAGCAACGUGGACAGGGCACAGAGAUCAGCAGACACUGAGCUGCCCCAUGGCAGCACCCCACGCAGUUCCAUGAGCUCCAGGAGGCAUUUCCCAAGGUUCAUCCGAAGCUCUCGGGACUCCCAGGCGCUCUUCGAGGAGCACCGCAAGGAGCUGGAGGCACAGCUGGCCCAGUGGCGAUGGGGCAGGGGGAGCACCAGGGUGGUCCAUGCUGAUGUGCAGGGGAAGCCAAGGCUGCUGGGGGCCAGAGAGCCUCCCCAGUGCCUUGGAGUGGAGUUGGUGAGGCCAGACAUGAACAAGGUGAUAGAAAAGGACAAACAUAAGAACAUAAGACAAUGUAGCAGCAACAGCUCCAUGAUGCUGCAACACAGAAGAUCUGUGGCAAUAGCCAGGUUGCUCCCUAGACUAGUGGUGAUCAUGAAUCCCAUUGUAUUGGAAAGCAGCAGCAGCAGCAGCAGCAGCUCAAUGGAGCUGGAAUACAGCACCAGCACUGCUGCUGGAAGGUUCCUGGGGCAGCUUACUGCCCGGCUUCAGAGACACCUGGAAGCCUUGCAGACACGCUAUGUUCAGCGCCGCCGGUGCUUCUCCAUCCGCUUGAAGUCUCAGUGGUGGUGGCGGUGCUGGACCCAGAAGAGAAAAAGGGUGUAGUAAUCAUGAGUAGUCAGAGAGGGGUAGGGGAGUAGGGAGUUUCAGGAACUGCCUGGGACAGUCCUUGGGCCUCUCCAGAUCCCUCUGUAGAGCUUCCUGUCCUCUGGCAUACACACAUUCCCACCCAGCCUGCUGUCCUCUACAAAUUGGCUGAGGGUCCCCUCCUCCAAGUCAUCAGUAGAAACAGGACUGGUCUCAGUGCUGCCCAGGGGAGCCCCACUGGUGACUGGGUACCAGCUGAAUCAAACUGUCCCCUACCACUCUCUGGACCUGGCCAUCCAGACCCUUUUUUACAGUGAACAGUGGACCUGUCCAAGCCAUGAGCAGCCAGUUUCUCCACAAGAAUGCUUUGGGGAGCGGUGUCAAAGGCUUAACAAAAGCCCAGGUAAACACUGUCCCUAGCCUUUCCCUCUCCCACCAAGCAGGUCACUUUGUCAUAGAAGGAAAGCUGUGGACAAUCCAGGAAACUUCAUUUCACCCUGCUUUAAGGAUAGAAUGAAGGACCCUGGGAACUACCAAUCUGCCUACCAGCCUUCCCUCUGUGUCUGGGAAGAUUCCCACUUUGAGAUCUGCUCUUCCCCUGAUUCUUACCCAUAAACCCUCAACCCUUUCAUCACCACUGUCAAUUCCUAGACAGUCAGAACAUUCCCUCAUAUACAGGGCUACCCCACUGCUUCUCCUUCUUUGCUGAGCCCUUCUGAAGAGUUUGUCUCCUCCCAACUCCUUGUGCAACACCAGCUGGCAGGGUGGUGUGAGGAGCAGCAAAGGCCUUGAUGCUCAGCACUGAUUGAAACAUCCUGGGGUUAUCAACAGUCUUUUCAGCACAAAUCCAAACCAUGGGCCCACUGGAAGAAAUGAAACUCUUCCUCCCCAACUCAGCAAGUUCUCCACCCUUUAUUAUUACAUGUUGUGUAUGUCCUGCUCAGGUCCCACACCAUCACAACACAUCCUCACCACUCCUUUGCCCAUGAAAUGUCUGGGAAAUGUCCAUCAAUCUCCAGAGCUGGGCAGCAGCUGUCCUAUGGAACCCGUGAGGAGGAGGGUGAUGGAAGUGGAGGACCUUGUAAAGCCAGACAGGAGAAGCAGCUCCAUGGGGCUGUGCAGCACCGUCACCAUUGCUCGGGGUAGAAGUGGUUCCCCAGGUCUUCUGCUUUCCCCUUUUUAAAAAUGGGGGUUAUAUUUCCCUUUUUCCAGUCAUCAGGGACUUUACCUAACUGCCACAAUUUUUCAAAAAAUGAUGGAUAACGGCUUGGCAACUUCUUCUGCCAGCUCCCGCAGGACCUGGGGAUGUAUCUCAUCAGGUCCCAUGGACUUGAGCACAUUCAGGUUCCUUAGAUGGUCUUGAAUCUGAUCCUCUCCUACAGGGGGCUCAGGGUGUUCAUUCUCCCAGUCCCUGCAUUUGCCUUUCUCGACUUGGGUGGUGUGGCUGGAGUACUUGCCAUUGAAGACUGAGGCACGGAAGUCCUUGAGAACCUCAGUCUUCUCUUUGUGCAGGGUAGUCAGGUCUCCUGUUUCCUUCUGAAGAGGGCCCACAUUAUCCCUACUCUCUUGCUUGCAACAUAUCUAUAGAAGCCCUUCCUGUUAUCCUUAAUAUCCCUGUCCCUGCCUUCCCCUUAAUCUUCACCCACAAGCUCUCAGCAGGCUCCUCGUACUUCCUGAGGCAGAGUUCCAUAUCCAUAGAGGGCUACAUCCCCUCCUCAUCUCUCUAGCCUGUCUUUCCUAAAAAGCCUAAACCCUUCCAUUCCAGUGCUCUAGUCAUGGGAGCUAUCCCACCAUGUCUCUGUGGUAUUCUGCUUUCCUUUUCACUUGUUGGUCAUUGCCAGUGCUUGCUUUUAUUUAUAUGAGAAAAUUGCCAAGGAGUUUGGUUAAAAAUGGGUGUCCCGGUUUGAAACAAAUUUGGAGGAACGUCCAAAAUAAAUGUCCUCUGAUAGAAGGCAGGUUACAGCCGCCCUCCCCCACCAGGUUCAGAAAGAAUU